GCAGUAGCAGCAGCAGCAGGAGGGGCUCCGUUUUGGGGCUCUCCCUUAAUUUUGCUGACUCAGAUUACAGAUUUCCAAGACGGAGGAGAGAGAAGCAUAAGCACCAGAGGAAAAUAUCCUGCAGACUGCCCAUGAAAAUUACUAUUGCUCAUAUAUUUAUGGCUCUUACAGGGGUGCGCAGAUAGUGAGAAAAAAUAUUUUUGAAAUGCCCCCACGGCUAUAAAUUGCGAGAUUCUUUUGCUUUAUAAUUAUCAGAAUUUGAUACGUUUUCAACUUGUCCUUGGAAUACAGAAGCAUAGCAAAUUCACUACACCUCCAAGAACGUAUGUUUAGACAAAUUGCCCUGAAAGUAAUGGGGGCUUUAUCUGACUGUUUAGACUGUAAAUGCUUGCAAUGAUGGAAGUUGUAGCAAUACUGGGAUUUGCGAUCUCUGCAGUAUUGCUUGAGCAAGACAACAGUUGCAAGUUCCCCCCCUUAUUUGCCUAACACAAAUGGAUGUAUCAGUAGAAAUAGUUUUGGUUCAGCUUACCAACAAUUGCUCCUUUCAGAAAAUACUAGCAAGACAUGACCAAAAACAUCAGCUGUUUUAGUUGGAAUACAACUUAAGUGCCGUAAGAAUGCCUAGAAGAGGCAUAAUAUUUCAAGCCAGAACUCGGUGGCUGUUGGUCGGUCUUGCCUUGCUGUUGAGUUUGUUGCUGUUUAUGUACCUCCUUGAAUGUGCUCCACAAACGGAUGGCAAUGGAUCACUUCCUGGCAUUGUAGGGGAGAGUUUUGGUAAGGAACACUACCAAGCCCUCCUGCAGGAGCAGGAAGAACAUUACCAAACCAGAGCUAUGAGCCUCAAGCGCCAAAUUGCUCAGUUAAAGCAGGAGCUUCAGGAAAUGAGUGACAAGUUAAAAUUGUUACAGGAGAAGAAAACCCCAAGAGUCAACAGCAUGGGCUAUCAAGGCACCAAAGAACAAGCACCCAAUGAUCUCCUGGAAUACCUGCAUUCUCAAAUAGACAAAGCUGAAGUGAGCAUGGGGUCCAAGCUGCCUAGUGAAUAUGGAGUCGUUCCUUUUGAAAGCUUUACUUCCAUGAAGGUGUUCCAGCUGGAAAUGGGGCUAACACGACACCCAGAGGAGAAACCUGUCAGGAAAGAUAAGCGAGAUGAAUUGGUGGAAGUAAUUGAGGCUGGCCUCGAGGUAAUCAAUAAUCCAGAUGAAGAAGAUGGUCAAGAUGAAGAUGACGGAAUAGGGGAGAGACAGCUUUACAAUGAAAAUGAUUUUAUAGAAGGUUAUUACCGUACUGAGAGAGACAAAGGGACACAAUAUGAACUGUUCUACAAGAAGGCAGAUGAUAUGGAGUACAGGCAUGUCACACUGUUUCGUCCAUUUGGGCCCCUAAUGAAAGUGAAGAGUGAAACUGUUGACAUCUCCAGGUCAAUAAUAAACAUUAUUGUUCCCCUUGCUGGAAGGACGGAGGUUUUUGCACAGUUCAUGCAAAACUUCAGGGAAGUGUGCAUUAACCAGGACAAGCGGAUUCACCUCACAGUUGUAUAUUUUGGACAUGAGGGGCUUUCUGAUGUCAAGAGCAUCUUAGAAUCAGUUGCUAGAGAGGCUAACUUUCAUAAUUACACCCUGGUUUCUUUGAAUGAGGAAUUCAAUCGUGGUCGGGGACUAGAUGUGGGUGCCAGAGCCUGGGAAAAAGGCGAGGUCCUGAUGUUCUUCUGCGACGUUGAUAUUUAUUUCACAGCCGAGUUCUUAAAUAGCUGCCGCUUGAAUGCUGAGCCAGGGAAGAAAGUUUUCUAUCCUGUGGUAUUCAGCCUUUAUAAUCCUGCCAUUGUCUAUGCUAAUCAAGAUGUGCCACCCCCUGUGGAGCAGCAGUUGGUGCACAAAAAGGAUUCUGGUUUUUGGAGGGAUUUUGGUUUUGGGAUGACUUGUCAGUAUCGAACAGAUUUCUUGGCUGUCGGGGGGUUUGACUUGGAAGUCAAAGGCUGGGGUGGAGAAGACGUCCACCUUUAUCGAAAGUACUUGCAUGGCGAUCUAAUUGUGGCCAGGACCCCAGUCCCUGGCCUCUUUCAUCUCUGGCAUGAGAAGCAUUGUGCCGAUGAACUGACUCCGGAGCAAUAUCGCAUGUGUAUCCAGUCUAAAGCCAUGAAUGAGGCCUCUCACUCUCACCUAGGGAUGCUGGUGUUCAGGGAGGAGAUUGAGACCCACCUGCGUAAGCAGGCGUACAGGACUAACAGUGAAGCAAUAGGUUAAAUGAUCCUCAGUGCAAUCCUAAGACUCUCGAGCUGCUAUGAACCAGCAUCGUUCUGAAGCCUUAAUUAUAACUCAGCUAAAAAAAUAAUGCAGUGCCUCUCUCUCGCUGAAGAUGAUUUCAGAGACCUUUCUCUGGCCAGCUGUUACCUACACAUUGCACCAGAUCAGGCACUUGAGCGAAAGGAAGCAUUUCAGUUUGCUUUUAACAUGUCUAACUGCAUGGGGGGGGGGGUUGUGGGAAAAGGGAACAAGAACAGAGUAUAUUAACGUUUCUGCAUCUAGAUUUUUCUUUUAACAUUUUCAUUUUUUCAGAUUUGCAUUAUGUGGGAAUAAGAGUCACAACUGAAUGAAAAACUGCCUUCUCCACUGCCUAUCAUUAUUCUGUGCUGCUUGCUUCACUGUAGUUUUUUUUUAGAAAGGGACACUAUAAGUACGUAUGCAUUCCGUGGGAAGAAUAAAGCCCUGAGGCAAGAGCCUGUGGAGAAUUAUAUGCAAAAAAACAUGGUAUGUUGUGCAGCCAGAAUCACUGAAUUCGCCUUAUUAACCAUCAGGUACAUAAAUCAACUUGCAAAAAUAUGUAUUUAAGGUAUUUAAAAGAAAGAACAUUGGACAGUUUACAAUAAUAUUGCAUUGCUGUUCUUUAUUGGAUUGUAAAUGAAUUGAUCUUGUAUGCUGUCUGCUUAUCCUAGCUACUGGCCAAAUAAAUUUUUUUUGCAUGUUUUGGGAUGUAGAAAGAAAUGCUGUCUUGAACAUAAGCAGUUCAUUUCACUGCCUCGUUAUUACACUUCUGAUAUCCUUUGUUCUUCAGGUGAGUGUUGAAGUCUCUGUCACUUGGGAGAGGGGACAGGAGAAAAGACGGCAAUCACUUGCUAACUUGGGGCUGUUUUAUUUUACUUUUGGCACUGGGCACAAUAAUGUCUCCUGCUCAGGCCCCAUUGAAACGAACAAGAGUUGCAGGAAAGCGGAGCUGUGCUUUUGUGCAGUCUCUUAUCCGUUUCAAAUGGGGUCUGCGACAGGAACACUGGGAGCAUUGUGCCAAUUGAAUUCGUGGGCAAUGAAAAUAAUACGGCUUUUAGCUCUGAAAGACUAUGUACUGUUUGAAAAUAGUUCUGGACACUGAUCUUUUUUAAAAACAUGUAAUUUGCCUUUAUAACAUUGUGAAGAACAAUGUAACUUGUCUGAAGUGGAGAGAAUGUAAUGCAAGUUGGCUUGCUGUUGUCUUCUCUUUAUAAUUAAAUUGAAUACUACUGUGUUUUAA